UUGUGAGGUUAAUUUCUUUUCAUCAUAAGUCAUAACAUAACCACUAAUAAUCUCAAAUGAAAUAAAAAUAAGAAACUUGAUAAUUAUUACUAUGUAUUAGUAUAGUAGUGUUGGAGAGAAAAGAAACCCAAGUUCGACAAAUGUUUCUCUCGUAUUUCAUCUAAGAUGUUAUAAUUUCCAAAAUAAGAAACAUCUCUUCAGGCAAAAUGGCUAGCUAUGAUGGAAGAUCCUGUGAUGAAAAAUUGUCCAAUUAUCAAACAGUAUCCAUCUUAGGACACUGUUUUGAUUCUAAAGCUAUGGUAUAUUUGGCCAAACACAUUCCUUCUGGCUCUAUGGUAGCAAUUAAAAAAUUCGACAUGGAUAAAAUCAAGAAAGGAAUAGAUUUGGUGGAGAGUGAAAUAAUACUCACGAGGCAGCUGUGCCACCCGCAUAUCAUAAACUAUUUUGCAGCUUUUGUCGCGGGACAAGAAGUUUGUGUAGCCACUCCAUUGAUGGGAUACGGAUCUUGCAGAGAUUUACUUGUCAGGCAUUUUAAUGAAGGUUUACCGGAACCUGCUAUCAUCACUAUUAUCAGGGACGUAUUAGACGCUUUAGUGUAUAUUCACGAUAAGGGAUACAUUCAUAGGGCAAUCCGAGCUAGUCACAUUCUUGUCUCUGCUGAUGGAUAUGCAUGUUUAGCUGGUAUGCGUUAUGCUUGUCCUAUAGUUGCCAAUGGAAAAUGGCAAAGAAGUAUACAUUCCUUUCCAGCAACCACUGAAAAAAAUCUUAAUUGGCUCAGUCCCGAACUGUUAGAACAAAAUCUACAAGGUUAUAACGAAAAGUCUGAUAUAUACAGUAUUGGAAUUGUUUUAUGUGAACUAGCCAAUGGCACAGAACCAUUUUCGGGAAUGUCAAAAACUUUGAUGCUGACAGAGAAAGUGCGUGGUUGGAAACCUCAGCUGCUAGAUAGAACUACUGUUUCUAAGGAGGAAAAUUUGGAUUCUGGAGGUGACUGUGAAAUGAGCACCAACGUCCUGAACAGAAGAUUCAGCGAUGACUUACAUGAACUCACCGGACAAUGUCUCAACAGAGACAUGUACGAUCGACCUUCUGCUAGUCAGCUGUUAGCCCAUCCCAUAUUUAAAACAAUCAAAAAAUCGCUUCCCCUGCCGGAGUUGUUGAAACCUGCGUUACCCUUGAACGAUAGGGUAGGUUAUGAUACUGAGGAGAUGAAGAAUUUCGAUAUGAUAAAUCAGAUGACCGAGCUGGACUUGAAUUCCUGCGAAUGGGAUUUUUGAAAUCCAGUCCGAAGGACCAUUUUCAUUCUUGUAAUAUUUAGUACAAAUCGUCAAUAUCAGGAGCUAGUUUUAAGUAGCUAGCAAGAUUUAGUAACUCUAUAUGUCAGAGUAUUUUACAUAGUAGUGUUAGUCAAUCAUUUGUGUCCAUACUCAAAAGCUGAUCUUUUUGACUGUUUUUCUAAGGUAUUUGAAUCUGAAAGUAUAAUAUAUGUGAAUUUAUGCUG